AUGGCGCCCUUUGAUCGUAGAGAAUGUCGCGAGCGGAAUAUUCUAUCUCAAAAAGGAUUUGAUGAUUUUAAUUCUAGUGACCAGUCAUUAGCAGACAAAGCGAAUGAGCUGGUUUUAGCCCUUCAGAGAUUAGCUGCAAAAGAAGCCAGUGCGCUGGAUGGCAUCCUUUGUAUUUUGUUUGAGACCGGUAGUCCUAAUCUACAACAUGCAGCUGCAAUGAUAGCACAUGAUUGUCAAUUUAGCAGUUUAUCUAACUAUGAAGAUCUUAUCAGGUCUCAACGAAAAGGUGCUUUAAGAGAAUGGAUGAAGAAAGGGAGCAUUGAAUUAACCAUUACUCGUGUUAACAUGCUCGGUGUUCCUGGGUCUGGUAAAACCUGUGCACAGCUCCUACUGUUAGAUGAAGAUGCUCCAACUGAGGGAAUUGCUGACAGCACAGCAAUCGCUUGUCCCACUGUCCGAGCAGUGAGAGUAGGGGUAGAUGAUGAGAGCAAGAAAUGGAAACGAAUAACAAGAGAUAUGUUAAUGGAGGGUUUAGCAGCUGAUUUGAUUGAAGCAUCGCAAGAAAAAUUAGAAGACUCAGGAACAAAAGCUGCAUCAUCAGAGGGCACUGAUCAGUUACCCAUGUCAAGCAUUUUGAAAGAUUCUGUGUCAUCAAAACAAAUAGAAGAUGAUGAUGUUGAUCCUCAUGCUGAGGAGGUAGUUCAAGAAAUUUUGGCAAAGGAUCUCACAGAUAUUCGUUUAAAAGGCCAUUGGUUGUACGUUAUUGAUUCUGGUGGUCAACCAGCAUAUCAAGAGCUGCUGCCAUUGUUUACUAGAGCAGCUUCUCUUAAUAUCAUCACUCUUGACCUCUCUAAACCUCUUGAUGAUGAGCUUGACAUGAUGUACAGGGCCAAUGGAAAAUAUUUUCCGUGUCACUCUAAGUCAACUCAGUUAGCAUCCUUCAAAUCUGCUGUUUCUACAGCAGCUAAUUUCAAAUCUCUUGAUAUUUCUUGCAUCACUAAACCACAUCGUCAUUCAAUGCAUCUUGUUCUGGGAACACAUUACGAUAAAGUGGAUGAAGCUGUUCUAAAUAAAUUUGAAGUUGAUUUAAAUACUUCAAUAUCUUCCUUACAACCUUACUUUAAAAAUCGUAUUAUCAAGAGGCUGGAAGGUUCUAUUAUAUUUCCUGUCACAACAAUUGCUGAGUCAAAAGAAGAGAGGGCUAAAUACAGGAGACAGGUUUGCCAAGCAAUAUGGAAGAGUGGCUCUGAUGCUUCUGUUACAAUCAAAAUACCAAUUCAAUGGUUUGCUUUUGAGCUCUCUUUGCCUGAAAAGAAAAGUAUCUUAUCUUUUAAGGAAGUAGCAUCUAUUGGGAGGAAAUAUGGCAUGAAAGAGGAAGAUACAAAGGAAGCAUUGCAGUAUUUUCAUGACGUCAGCCUGAUGUUAUACUAUCCAGAGGUUAUUGAUAAUAUAGUGUUUCUUGAUCCUAAGCCCAUUCUUAAUAUUCUUUCACAGCUAUUAGCUAUUACAUAUGUCCAUGUCAAUGAUAAAAAUGCACUUGAUGAUAAUGAUUAUGAGCUACUAAAAUCUGUUUUACUCCAGCCACCCUCUGCAACAGAUAUAGCGAACCUUAAAGAUGGCUUCUUUCAUGAGGAAAUUUUUUCUUGCUUACAAUCAAGUGAAGUUUUUAGUCAGUCUGAGUUUAAACUUCCUGAUAACCUAAUUUCUCUUUUGCUGCAUCUCAAUAUCAUCACAAAAGUUGAAGGUAAUGAAAAGGAUACCUAUUUUAUUCCUUAUGCUCUUUCUUCAUAUCGUGCCUCAAAAAGUAGCCAGCCUAAAGUAGAAGUGUCAGAUGUUCAGCCACUUCUUAUUAUUUGGAGGGAAAAGAAGAAGUGUCUACCAGUUCCUCAAGGUCUCUUUCCUUUGGUAGUGAUGCACCUCCUCAAUCAGAAGAAAUUGAAAAUUGAUCUUCCUUCACCUAGACCAGAUUUUUACUUCAAAUUUCGAGAUGCUAUGUCGAUCCAGAUUACUAUUGAGGACAUAACUCACUCGCUUCAUCUCAUCAAUCAUUACACUCAUAUUGAGAUUGCUUUUGCUCAAUUCUCUGGCCCUCAUGAGCAUUGCUCAAAAAUUCGUGAAGCAGUCAUGCAAGCUGUUGACAAGGUUACGGAUGACCUACACAUGGAGCACAAUCAUGCCAAUGCAUUUGCUUGUUCAAAAGAUCCGGAAAAGAAAUGUUACUGUCUCGUUGUUAAUAAAGAUAAAUUCAAAGUCCAAUGUACAGAUUGUCCAGGGUUACCUUGUAUUUCUGAGUCUAAGUGCAGGUGCUGGUUUAAAUGUUCUACAGAUGCUCCAGAUAAUACAAGUAAACCAGGGAUGACUUGUGCUUUUGGAUUUGGACUCGUAAUCCUCUUUGCUUUGGCUGGAUAUUUAGCUUUCUAUUGUUAUUCUAUUGAAGGACUUGUAAUUUAUGGAGUAGUACUUGGAUUAAUGCUACUUGGAUCAAUGUUACUUGCUUUAGCUAAAACAAAAUUUACCUGGACAUCAAUUGGGAGAGCAACUUUUCUUGGAGCUUUCAUUGUGGCUAUCAUUGGGAUUGUUGCUGCAUUGAUAAUUACCUGGAGAAAUGGAGGUGAUGUUGCAAAAUUUCAGCCUCUUCUUGUAACUCUAGUGAACAAUGUUGUAAAUCUAAUUUUUAAGAGUUUAUUUUGAGUUUUUGACAUCUGAUCUGAUGAAUAGGCUUUAUUAUUU